GACGGGCAAGCGGGGAGAGGCCAGGGGGCGGGCGGGCCUGUGUGUUGGCGGCGCCGGAGCUCGCGGGAGCGGCUUGGAAGCUCGGCCGCCGGGAGGAGGCCGCGGCCACGCUUCCUGGCAGUUACUGAGGGGCUUCUUUGAAGAAUCAUGAAGUCACACUAUGUUGUGCUAACCCUAGCCUCCCUGGUGUUCCUGGCGAGCCUCCCUGUGUCACAGAGCUGUAACAAAGCCCUCUGUGCUAGCGAUGUGAGCAAGUGCCUCAUUCAGGAGCUCUGCCAGUGCCGGCCGGGAGAAGGAAGCUGCCCAUGCUGUAAGGAGUGCAUGCUGUGCCUCGGGGCGCUGUGGGACGAGUGCUGCGACUGUGUGGGCAUGUGUAACCCUCGGAACUACAGCGACACACCCCCCACCUCCAAGAGCACAGUGGAGGAGCUGCAUGAGCCCAUCCCCUCCCUGUUCAGGGCGCUCACGGAGGGGGACACCCAGCUGAACUGGAACAUCGUCUCCUUCCCUGUGGCAGAGGAGCUCUCACACCAUGAAAAUUUAGUUUCCUUUUUAGAAACUGUGAACCAGCCGCACCACCAAAAUGUGUCUGUUCCCAGCAACAACGUUCACGCUCCUUAUCCCAGCGACAAAGAGCACAUGUGCACUGUGGUUUACUUUGAUGACUGCAUGUCCAUACAUCAGUGUAAAAUAUCCUGCGAGUCCAUGGGAGCGUCCAAAUACCGCUGGUUUCAUAACGCCUGCUGUGAGUGCAUCGGUCCAGAGUGUAUCGACUACGGCAGUAAGACUGUCAAGUGUAUGAACUGCAUGUUCUAAAGAAGGGAAAGGAACGCAAUCCAAAGCAGCUUAGUUACUAGGAGGACAUGAAAAUUACUCAGUAAGUCAUGAAGUGUGCGGAAGUCAUGAGUCAAGUAUGCUAGGAACAUGCUAAAUUAUGUUGUUAUAACUGUGCCUUUUCUGUUUGUUGCCUAUUAGUGUGUCUUUUCCAUGGGAACAGUAGAACUCUAGUCCUAUGAGAAUGGGGUGCGGAGGAGCUGUGGAAGAGCUGUAGUUCUGACAGAAGGUCUGGUGCCUUUGGUUACCAGGAGCUGUGGCUUUCACCUACCAGUCUCGAGUCCACCAGGUCUCUGUCCUAUACCUUUCCUAACCGUGCCUUGGAUUGCUUAUCUGUUUUAUAUAAAGAGAGUAAAUAUUGCAGCUCACAUUCAAGCCACUGUAAAAGCUUAAUUUCAAACCAUCUUACAUUGGUUUUAGUAAGUAAAUAUUUACUAUAUUUUACAGCAGAAAACUUUUACCUAGGGCCAGUGAGCUGACUCAGUGGGUAAAAGUGUUUGCUGCCAUGCCUGAUGACCUGAGCUUGAUCCCUACCACCAGAGCCCAUACAGUGGAGGAGAGAACCAACAGACCUCCAUACAUGCACAAUAACAUGCAUGCAUAUGCCCUUGUGCACGCACGCACGCACGCACACACAGUAAAUGUUUAAAAGAACUUUAAACCUCUCACGUGGUGAGAUCUGUCCUAUGACACUCAUGCCGACAGUGACUUAGCCAUGGUCUUGCCCCCCACCCACAGUGCUGAUGUAUAGGCAGUUGAAUCAUCUCUGCCAAGAAUUGUGGCACACCCUUGAAACUCCACUAAGCACACUGUGAGGAUCUGGGUGCAGAAGAAGCCAGGGAAAGAGCAGCCAGGCUGUAUGUAGGUCAUGUGAUGCCACAUCAGGCACCAGGAAGCAGCUGUCCUUUCCCAGCUGCACAGCAGAGGUGAGAGUGACGUGCACCAGGAGAAGGGUCAUGCUUGGCACCAGCAAACCAGCCAGCUUCUCCAGCAUACAGAACUGUAGGCUCGGCACCAGAAAACCAGCCAGCUUCUCCAGCACACAGAACCGUGGGCUCGGCACCAGAAAACCAGCCAGCUUCUCCAGCACACAGAUUGCAGGCUCGGCACCAGCAAACCAGCCAGCUUCUCCAGCACGUGAGGUUGCAGAGGGUUGAAGAGGAAUUUACAGACGUGAACAGAGAAGGGCAAGAUUGUUGGGAACUCUAGGAUCUACCUUAAAACCAUUUAUAGUCACUGUUUUUAUUACUUUGUAAUGUCUAUAUUUGUUUCUGAAUAUCUGAAUCUAAUAUUCUUAUUAAAUAAGCAUCAUAUUUUGGAAGCUGUAUUUCUGAAAGUGGAGGGGAAAAUCUGUUUAAUAUGUUUACUCCUACAUAUUACAGAAUUAUCUAAUUAGCUUCGUAUGUAGUGUUUCCCUAGAGACAAGCUGAAAUACUACAUACCCUUCAUAGAAAUAAAAUCCUCACUUUCAAGCGUGAUUCUAAAACAAAUAUUUAAAAUACACAGGCUCAUUUUAAUGAAAUUGCUAUUUUUUGCUAGUGCGAAUCUGAAUUAAAAGUAACUUUUUAGGAAUAUUCUUUAUAUGUCUAUAUAUUUUAGUACAUAAAAUAGAAAAUGCUCUUAAACACAUUUUGCAUUCUUAUUUGAAUAGUAGUUUGUGAUUGUGAUAUUACAGCUACCCACUAUAAAAUCUGUUCUUUCCCAUAGCUGAAGAGCACUCCAGGUCCUCAGCCUUCUAACGUCACGGCGUCCUCUCUCACUCUUACAGCAGUGCUUCUGUCUCAGCCUUGGGAACAUCUUAGCUCCUUUCAUAGCUCCGACACUGCCCGGGGUUGACAUCAGGAGGGCUUUGAAGGACUGCAGCUUGCUGCUCCAUGUCAUCUUCCUAAUUGUCAGGAAAGUCAUGCUAUGAAUGGGAAUGCUCUGAUGGUUGCAGGCAGUUUGCCUUCAAGUUUUUUUUUUUUUUUUGGUUUGUUUGUUUUUGUUUUUUUUUUGAAACAGGGUCUCCAUGCUACACAGACCAGACUGACUGUGCUCAAGCUUUCUUAUGGUGGCCACAAGCAUUGUUAAAAUAUAUCGUUACCUUUUUAAAAAUCUUUUCAUUAUCAAAUUUUAAAAUGUCAUAUGUCUUUUUUACUCCAUACAUUUCUCUGUGGUUCUUUUUUUUUUUUUUUUUUUUUUUUUUUGGUUUUUCGAGACAGGGUUUCUCCGUAGCUUUUGGUUCCUGUCCUGGAACUAGCUCUUGUAGACCAGGCUGGCCUCGAACUCACAGACAUCCGCCUGCCUCUGCCUCCCGAGUGCUGGGAUUAAAGGCGUGCGCCACCACCACCCGGCUGUGGACAGUUUCUUAAACCAAAUGCUUUACUGUUUUUUUUUUUUUUUUUUAUUGCCCUGUUUUCCCCAUUAGAAUUGAUCCCACAGAUAAGUUUUAUGUUCCUAUUUUGUAUAUUUCUCCUGGUUUGCCAAGGCCUUGUCAAACAUUCAGCCGACAGGUUUUAGUUUUAGAGCCGGGGGUUGUGCGCACACUUGUGGUCCCACACUUGAGAGGCUGAACAAGGGGACCUCAGGAUCACAGGACACACAGGAAGACACUGUCUCAAAACAGCAAAGAAAUCCUUUCUAGUUCUAUACUCAACGUUCUGAGUAUUGUUUUUUCUAAAUUGAAAUUAAACAUUUAAGAAGCUAAUAGCCUUGCUAGUACCUUCUACACCAUUCUAGCAUGUUCACUUCCGUAUUGAAGAGUUUGUAAUAGUUUGUUCCUUUUUAUAGUUUUUAUAGUUUGUCUUUAUUAUAGCCAGAUCAGAAAACACUAGAUUUUAAGGGCUGGGUUGAAGUCCAGUGAUGGAGCUCUUGCUUAUCGUGAGUGUAGCCCUGGGUUUCCUCCUGGGUACCAACAAGAAACAAAACACUAGUUUGUGAAUCAGAGGGUAUUAUUAGAUCCAUGCAUACACACACUUUCCUGUAGCAAGACAUGGGCUUAUGGGCAUGUUUUUGUCUUGUGUUUCUCCCAUAACAUUUAAUUAUGACUAUAACUAUUCGUAAUUAUGGUACAAAAGCAAGUAAAGUGUAGUGUUUGUUUACACAGGAUGCUGUGAAAGGGGUCUUCACACCAAAGGAAAACUUUUUGGUUUUUCAAGACAGGGUUUCUCUGUAUAGCCUUGACUGUCCUAGAACUCGCUCUGUAGACCAGACUGGCCUCAAACUCACAAAGAUCCACCAUCUCUCCCUCUCAAAUACUGGAGUUAAAGGCGUGUGCCACCACUGCCUGGCCAAAGUAUAAGUUCUAAAGUUUCAGAAAAUAAGAUUGUCAUUAGGAUAUUUGAACAAGUAUUUGUAAAUCAAAAAACUUUCCAAAUAGAGAAAGUAAAGCUUCUCUGGCAAACAAGGCUUAGAACUGGGCACGGUCAAAAGGUUUGUACUCAGUGUCUUUCAAGACUUUAAAUUCUUUUGUCCAUUCCCAAGAGUCUGUUUCUUGUGUUUGGCAUGACCUACAACAUAUGUAAUUGUGUAUAUUCUCAUUGGUUGUCUCUGUAAUCAAAAAAGUAUUUUAAUAAAAA